UGUCGACAAAUUAUUAUAUGACGACUAAUAGAUUAUUAAAUAAAGUGUCCAUUUGUUUGUAAACUAUUGAUAUAAUUUAUAUGACCACCCUGGUGAUUGCAAACCAACCAUUCAAACGCACGGCACACACACACUGUCAUAGUAUUGUGCAAAAAAUAAGAGACAGUUUAUCAAUACUGAUAGUGUAGCCAAUCAAUUGAACAACCACUUGAAGUACUGCCUAUAACUAGUAGUCAAAUAAAUGUGUUAAACUUUGUUUAAUAAAUUAUUAGAAAUUUUAGAAUUAAUAAUUAUAAUUUUGUUUGAUAUUAAUAGAUAAAUAUUUUUUUUAAUGAAUAUUUUUUAAAAAAUUGUUAUCAAUUAAUGAGUUUUAAAUUAAAUAUAAGAAAUUUGUGGCAAAUAUGGAGAAUACAGAAAAGGAUUUGGACACUAUUACCGAAAGCAGUGUCGAUACCAUUAAACCUGUAAAACAGACACUAUUUAAUGACACAAAUAUUACCGUCUAUGAAGUCAAACGACAUCACCGAAGUCGGGGACGUAAUCGAAAUCCAAAGUCACAUCACCAUAGAGUACAUCCGAAAAGGUCACUAUCACAGGGCGCGACUCCGCGCAGUCGACACCCGUUGAGUAUACGGCAACCGCUGGCACCGCAACGGCGACUAUCAGUAUCUAAAUUAGAUCUCAGCGGUAUUACCGGUAAAGCCAAGUAUAGUGGUUACCAAAAGUCAACACUGAUUUGUCUGUCUAUCAUAUCGUUCACAUCCAUGCUAUCGAUGUCACUGAUCGCACCAUUCUUUCCAUUGGAGGCUUCGAAGAAGGGGAUGAGGGAAACCACUUAUGGAUUUGUGUUCAGUGUCUAUGCAUUGGUAGAUAUGAUAUUUUGUCCAAUUUGUGGUCUAUUGAUACCCAAAAUUGGACCUAAUUUUAUGCUUAUAUCCGGUGUGUUUGUAUGCGGUGCGUCCAACAUAUUAUUUGGUGUAUUGGACAGAAUCAACGAUUUGACUAUUUUUACGGUUUAUUGUUUUGUUGUCCGUAUUUUCGAGGCCAUCGGUGCCGCAGCUUUUUCGACGGCUUCCUAUACCAUCAUUAUGCAGGUCUUCCCCAAUAAUAUUGGAACCGCUUUUGGAUUAAUAGAAACAUUCAUAGGCUUGGGUAUGGCUAUUGGGCCAGCAAUAGGAGGCGGACUAUACAGUUUGGGUGGUUAUAGUUUACCAUUUUUUGUAUUGGGAGGCCUAAUGUUAGUCACUAUACCGUUAUGUCUCUACAUCAUUAAACCAAUUGAUUAUGUAAUGCCCAUAAAAAAGGAUUCAGAAUCUGACACAUAUUUAAGGCUAUUAUCAAUACCACAAAUAUUAGUCGUCGGCCUAAUAGUGAUGUUAGUGUCUCAGACCAUUAGUUUUCUGGAUCCGACUAUUGAACCACACUUUCGUGAAAUGAAUAUUAGUCCGGAAUAUGUUUCAAUCGUUUUCCUGUUAUUAUCGGCAACAUAUACAGUGUGUUCGCCACUAGUCGGUUGGUUUUCCGGCUAUUUUGACAACAAAUUCCCAAUUAUGGCACUGGGAAUGCUUGUAACUGGUAUCGGAUUAUUACUUAUAGCACCGUCCUUUCUAUUACCAAUACAGCCAUCGCUGUUAUUGAGUGUGGCAUCCAUGGGACUGGUAGGAGUUGCCUAUGCCGUGGCAUUUAUACCAACAUUUGAAUCAUUGUUAGAUCUUGCACUAGAUCGUGGCUUUUCAGACAACAUUGCAACCUAUAGUUUGGUAUCGGGUUUUUGGAGUGCUUUCUAUUCAUUGGGUGAGGUAACGGGUCCAUCACUGGGCGGUUGGCUGUCUGAGCAUUUUGACUUUUCAAUUGCCUCGACAAUUGUGGCCGCAUUUAUGUUGAUUGGAGCAGUGAUGGCCGGAAUCACUUCGUUCUUCAUAAACUGGGAAGAGUCUGACUCAUCGUCCUCUUCGUCGUCUUCAUCAUCCUCUGGUUAUACUGAAUAUGAGAAAUCAUUGGCGAAUAAAAGUGCCAAAAGCUCUCGUAGGGCCUCACAAUGGGAAGAGGAUGACGAGUCAAUGGAAAAGGAGGCACUACUAAGCAAUUCAAUAACUGAAGAACCAAAUCAUUAUUAUCUAAAUAAUAACGGAAUCGAUAGAAAUAGAGAAAAGAAAAUAUUGUUUUCUGUGCAAAGUAUUUAAAACAACAACAAACAAAAUGAUGUUAUUUAUCAUAU